AUGGCUUUUGCCAGCAUCUAUCCCCUCUAUGUGCAGAAGGUAGAGAAGAAGGGCAGGAAGCAAAAAGAUGUAGACCAGGUCAUCUGCUGGCUGACAGGCUACACGCCCCAGAAGCUGAAAGAACAGAUCAAGCUGAAGAGUGACGUCGAAACUUUCUUCAAGAAAGCUCCACGGAUCAACCCAAAGGCUGUAAAGAUCACCGGCACUGUUUGUGGCGUCGUCGUCCAAGAGGUCAAAGACCCAGUCAUGCGCAAGGUUCGAUUCCUAGACAAGCUUGUGGAUGAGCUUUGCAAGGGCAUUCCCAUGGAGAAGGUCCUGCGAAGUUAA